AUGCUGCCAUCCGCAAUCAAGGCGCAGCUGCGCUCCUCGCGACCGCGGGCGUUGGCCGCCGUCGCCGUGUCGGCCAAGCCUUCGUCUGUCGGCCUCUCGCGGUUGCUUCCGGCCGGCGCGGCCCUCACUCCGGCUCUCGGUAGCGUGCCGUCGGCUUCGGUCCGUUCCGCCAGCCUCGCGACGCUCUCUUCGCACACGUCGACGUCUGCCAGCGGCGCGUCGGACCACCCGCUCUCGAGCGGCAGCACCGGCAGCGGCAGCAGCAGCGGCAGCAGCGCCGGCAGCCUGGGCCACCUUCCGCUGCCGCGCAAGAUCCUCAUCGCCAACCGCGGCGAGAUUGCGUGCCGCAUCAUGCGCACCUGCCGCUCGCUCGGCAUCCAGACGGUGGCCGUCUACUCCGAGGCCGACGCCAAGAGCAUGCACGUCGCCCUGGCCGACGAGGCCUACUGCAUCGGCCCCGCCGCCUCGGCCGAGUCGUACCUGCGCAUGGACCGCAUCGUCGCCGUGGCCAAGCAGACGGGCGCCACCAUGAUCCACCCCGGCUACGGCUUCCUCUCGGAAAACGCCGCCUUUGCCAACCUGCUCGAGAGCGAGGGCAUCGAAUUCAUCGGCCCGCCCGCCUCGGCCAUCGAGAGCAUGGGCAGCAAGAGCCGCAGCAAGGAAAUCAUGCUCGCCGCCGGCGUACCCUGCGUGCCCGGAUACCACGGCAGGGACCAGAGCAUCGAAAAGCUCAAGCAAGAGGCCGAAAAGUGCGGCUACCCGCUCCUCAUCAAGGCCGUCAAGGGCGGCGGAGGCAAAGGAAUGAAGGUCGUCGAGAACAAGGAAGAGUUCGAGGAGCAGCUCAUGAGCGCCAGGCGCGAGGCCGAAAAGUCGUUCGGCGACACCGACGUCCUGCUGGAGCGCUACCUGCAGCGACCGCGCCACGUCGAGGUGCAGAUCUUUGCCGACAAGCAUGGCGACGCCGUCUACGUGUGGGAGCGCGACUGCUCGGUGCAGCGGCGCCACCAGAAGAUUAUCGAGGAGGCGCCCGCGCCCGGCCUGCCCGAGGCGCUGCGGCGCGACCUGGGCGAAAAGGCCGUCGCCGCCGCCAAGGCCGUCAACUACGUCGGCGCGGGCACCGUCGAGUUCAUCCUCGACGCCGAGACGCUCGACUUCUACUUUAUGGAGAUGAACACGCGCCUCCAGGUCGAGCACCCGGUCUCGGAAAUGAUUUCGGGCCAGGACCUGGUCCAGUGGCAGCUCGAGGUGGCCGCGGGCAACCGGCUGCCGCUGACGCAGCAGCAGAUGCCCCUCGUCGGCCACGCCUUUGAGGCGCGCAUCUACGCCGAAAACACGCGCGGAGGCUUCCUGCCCGACGUCGGCACGCUGCGCCACGUCCGACUGCCCACGCUCUCGGACAGCGUCCGCGUCGACACGGGCUUCGACACCGGCGACGACGUCUCGGUCCACUACGACCCCAUGAUUGCCAAGCUCAUCGUCAAAGGCCGCGAUCGCGACGAGGCGCUGCGCGUCCUCACAAAGGCGCUCGAGGAGUACGAGGUCGUAGGGCCCAUGACCAACAUCGAGUUCCUCAAGAACCUCGCGCGGCACGAAGCCUUUGUCGCCGGCAAGGUCGAGACGGGCUUUAUCCCAAAGUACGGCCACGAGCUGCAGCCGCCCAUCCCGGCCCCCUCGCCCACCGAGCUGGCCCAGACGGCCCUCUACCUCUUCCUGCGCGACCGCGACCUUGCUGCUGCUGCUGCUGCUGCUGCUGUCGCUGCGCCGGCUUCGACCUCGGCCAACGCCAACGCCAACGCCAACCCGUGGCACACGUCGACGUUUUCCUCUGUGCGCCUGUCGGCGUCGCAGCCCGCCCAGCGCACCUUCCAGUUUGGCUACGUGCUCGACACGACGGCGCAGGGAUCGUCCGAGGUGGCCACCGUGACCGUGACGCCGCUGUCGCCGUCGCACUUUGACCUGGCCAUCACGCCGUCUGAGGCGGGCGAGACGGUGACGUACCGCAACAUUUCGGCCAGCCUCAGCGGGGCCGAGGAGAUUCUCACCUCGGGACUCGUCUCGGCAGCGGCGGGCCAAGGCCAGGGCGGCGACGGCACGGCGCCGCGGCUGCGCUCGACGAUCAUCUCGCGCGCCACGUCGACGACCGAGAAGCUGGACCUCUUCCUGGGCGGCAAGCAGACGACGCUGUCGCUGCUGGCGCCCGGCUGGCUGGCCAAGCUGCUGGGCCGGUCCGAGGCAAAGGGCGCCGUCGUGUCGCCCAUGCCGAGCAAGGUCGUCGACGUGCGCGUCCAGGUGGGCGACGUGGUGCGUCAGGGCGACGUCGUCGUCGUCCUCGAGGCCAUGAAGACGGAGCACUCGCUCCGCGCCCCCAAGGACGGCAAGGUCAAGAGCCUCAAUGCCAAGGCCAAGAGGGGCGAGCUCGUCGGAGAGGGCGUCGAGCUGGUCCUGUUUGAGGAGGAGGAGGCGUCGUCGUAG